AUGGAAAACCCCGCCGCAGUGGAAGAGAGGGAAAAGAAAAGCAGCAGCAACAUCUCGUACGUAACGCCAUGGGUCGCUAACGGACUAUCGUGGGCAAAUCAUCCCGACAAACCCUUCCGCCUCGCCAUCUCGUCCUACACAAAGGACUACCGCAACUACGUUGACAUUGUGGAGAAGAAUGAGGACAAUGAGAUCGUCUGCCGUGCCUCCUGGGAGCACUGCUACCCGCCUACCAAAGUUGUCUUCCCUCCACGCCCUCUGCAGUGCGAUGCGGUGAUCACCACGGCAGACUACUUGCGCCUGUGGGAAAUCACCGAGGGCGCACCCAAAGGAGAAAAGACCGCCCCCACCCAUGGUGACCCGCAGCACGAGGCAAGGGCAAGAACGAUCAACUCGAAGGUGACAAUGAAGCGUGUCUUUGACAGCGCAAAGCCGAACGACUUUUGCUCUCCAGUGACCUCCUGCGACUGGAACAGUGAAGACAUCAACACCGUGGCGUGCUGCAGUAUCGACUCAACAGUGACGUUGUGGGACAUGGAGACGGGGGCGCAAAAGACAAAGUUGGUGGCGCACGACAAGGAUGUGUAUGAUAUUGCGUUUGCCUCUGCUCACACCUUUGCCAGUUGCGGUGCUGACGGCUCUGUGCGCUUUUUCGAUCUACGCAACAUGGAUCACUGCACUAUUCUCUACGAGUCGCAAGGGCUCUCUCCGCUGCUGCGCCUGGCCUGGAAUCAGUUUGAUCCCUAUUUCAUCGCCACCUUCGGUAUCGAUAGCCCUGAUGCAGUAGUGAUUGACAUGCGCUACCCCACGGUUCCGGCCUCCCAGCUCUCGCAGCUGCAUCAGUUGCCCAUCAACAACCUCACAUGGUCGCCACAAAACGCGCAGAACCUCUGCACCGUGGGCGAGGACGGACUCGUCUGUGUGUGGGAGGCUAGGGCAGAGAAAGGUCGCUCCAUCCUGUGGUGCGACUGCGAGGUGCCUAUCAACAACGUGGCCUGGCGCCGUGCCCAAAACGAAGACUGGAUGGCCAUUACCACCUCGAAGGGUGCUCAGCUGCUGCCAUUGUAG